AUGACCAUUCUAUUACCGGACAUUCUUCAUGAAGUGUUUUUACAUCUUACCGAAACAGAUCCAAUAUCGGGAGAAUAUAGAACCGAUGCAUUAAAUCAUAUAUAUCAAUGUAUUCUGGUUAACAGGGAAUGGUGUAAAAUCGCUAUUCCUAUUCUAUGGAAACAGCCGUUUCAUUUCGGGCUCGUAAAAAGUAUGAGGGUAACUUCAAUGUAUUUAAAGUGCCUAAAUGGCAAUGCCAGAGAUAAUUUGAUCGAAAAUGGAAUUGACAUUGACAGAUUAAUUGAACGAAGCAUGGCAUUGAGUUUUAUCACCAACUCAUCUCACCCUCAAUUUCAACCAAUGUUCCCUUAUCCCAAAUAUAUACGUACAUUAAUGUACGAAUCUCUAUUGAGAUCGGUGAGGGAUUUAUUAUCGGAUGAGGAGGCAGAUGAGGAGGAAACCGAUGAUGAGAAUGAUAAUAUAAACGAUCAAAUAAAAUUAAUUAUGAGAAGUUUGCUUCAACUUUCCAUGCAACAAGGUGCAAGUUUAUGCAGUUUGUGGAUUUAUCCCGGACUAAAGAAUGAUUAUGACUUGUACCAAGUAUUAGAAGAACCUGAAUGCAUGAAUUUAGUCAAAAAUGUAAAGCAUUUGGAGAUUCACGGCCCAUGUAGGAGAGAUGAUUUAUUUACACUUUUAGGACGAAUUUGUCAUAAUGUGGAAUCCUUAUGUAUAGAUACGCUUUGGUCACGACACGCUUUUGAAAAGCACAUUGAAAGAACGGGAGAAUGUAUAGCUUCCCUAAUAUCCUCGCAACGAUCCCUUCGCUACUUUCGAUUAUCGGUAUGUAAGGGCUACACAAGAAUAUUCUUUCCCGCACUUGCAUCGCAUACGUCCACACUUCGGCAGAUAUCGUUUGAUCAGGUUGAUUUUAAAGAUUGUGGAGAAUGGACUUCGAUUUCAGAAUGCAAAAAUCUAGAACUGUUGGAAAUUACCCAAUGCUCCAAUUUAACAGCUGAAAUGGUCCGACCACUCAUCAACGACAAUACCGAAAACAACGGUUCAAGUUCACCCGACAAAACGAGAAGAAGAUUUGGAGAGAACUUUGAAGUCAGGUAUAUAAGAAUUCGUCCCUUUAGUAAAGAAUUCGAGGAUUUCGUUAAUCGCGUUAAUAGUAAUAGACAACGCGAUGUAGUAUUGCCUUUUCAAUUGGAUGAGGCAAGAAAUAGAUCUGGCAAAUAA